AUGAAAAAGGCGUGGACGUCAAUCGUCAUCGGGGCCAUCGCGUCCACGGUGCACGGUUCAACCAUCGAGGAUUGCCUCGGAUAUUCUGCUUCUCAUGUGUCGCACUCAUCCAAUGGACUAGUUGCAGACCUCACACUAAUUGGCUCCCCUUGCAAUAUCUAUGGAGAUGAUCUCAAAAGUCUGAAGCUCCAGGUCGAGUACCAGGGAGAUAGUCGUUUGCAUGUCAAGAUCUAUGAUGCGAAUCGCCAAGUGUAUCAGAUUCCUGAAUCGGUCUUACCCUCGCCGCCUAAUAAUAGGGGUGAUCCUAGGCAAGCCGCCCUAAAGUUCACCUAUACAACGAGCCCAUUUUCUUUCGCAGUCUCACGAUCCGACUCUGGAGACGUCCUAUUCAACACCUCUGGAUCACAGCUUAUCUUCCAGUCGCAGUACGUUCGGCUGCGAACUCAAUUGCCUCAGAACCCGAACCUCUACGGCUUGGGAGAGCACACUGACACGUUUCGCCUCCAAACCAAUAACUACAUCAGGACCUUCUGGAAUGCUGAGUCUCCCUACGUCCCAAGGAUGUCCAACCUCUACGGAAGCCAUCCCAUCUAUCUCGAGCAUCGGAAUAGUGGUCAUAGCCAUGGCGUAUUUCUAAGAAACUCGAAUGGCAUGAACAUCGUCAUCAACCAGACAGAAUCAGGUGGCCAAUACCUCGAGUAUAACACUAUCGGUGGCGUCCUUGACUUCUACUUCCUCGCUGGUCCCUCGCCCACAGAGGUGAGCAAGCAGUAUGCCGAGGUUGUCGGACUGCCGGCCAUGGUCCCUUACUGGAGCUUUGGCUUCAUGCAAUGCAAAUACGGAUAUUGGGACGUCAACGAAUUGGCCGAAGUCGUCGGCAACUAUUCUACUGCCGGCAUCCCCCUCGAUGUCUUAUGGUCUGAUAUUGACUACAUGGACCUCCGACAGGAUUUCACCACCGACCCGGAUCGCUUCCCCAUUCCAAAGAUGCGCGAGCUUGUCCAUACCCUCCAUGAUAGGGGACAAAAAUUUGUCAUGAUGGUUGAUCCCGGCAUUCAUCGAAAGGGAGACUACGGGACAUUUGCCCGUGGUGCUGAGAAGGGCGUUUUCCUCAAGGCGGCUGAUGGCUCCUACUACCGAGGCGUCCAGUGGGCCGGCGAAGUUGUUUGGCCUGACUGGUUCAACCCCAACACCCAGGACUGGUGGACUGACGAGUUCAAACGCUUCUUUGAUCCCAACACAGGCCUUGAUAUCGAUGGAGUAUGGAACGAUAUGAACGAAAUUUCAAAUUUUUGUGGUGACGUCAACUGCGACCCGGCUCAGCUUGCUCACGAUACCAAUACACCUCCACCACCGUCCCACCCGCCUCGGCCGAACACGGGCAGGCCGAUACCGGGAUUUCCCAGUGAUUUCCAGCCGAGCUCAUUCCGGGUCCGAGGACGGCGGGAGGCUGAGAGUCGAGGUACUAUGAAGGGGCUGCCGGGCCGUAACCUCUUCACUCCGCCUUAUCGAAUCAAGAAUCACGUCGGCGACUUGAGUGCUGGUACUGUUUACACUAACAUCACCAAUUACGAUGGCACUGUCCAAUACGAUACGCAUAACCUAAACGGCCUUUUGAUGGCUGCCCAUAGCCGGGUUAGCAUGCUUGCUCGCCGCCCCGGCAAGCGGCCUUUUGUUCUCACACGAUCGACCUUUGCUGGCGCUGGAAACAAGGUUGCCCAUUGGUUUGGCGACAACUAUUCCGCUUGGGAUGACUAUCGCUUCUCCAUCUCGCAAAUGCUCGCCUUUGCCGCUGUCCACCAGAUGCCUAUGGUCGGAUCUGAUGUCUGCGGUUUCAACGGCAAUGCUCAGGAGAAUAUGUGUGCCCGAUGGGCGCUACUAGGCGCCUUUCAACCAUUCUAUCGUAACCACGCGGAUAUUUCCGCGCCCAAUCAAGAGUUUUACCUUUGGGCGUCUGUUACUGAGGCUGCUAAGAAGGCUAUUGCUGCUCGGUAUCGGUUGCUGGAUUACAUCUAUACUGCCAUGUACCGGUCUAGUACCACGGGUUCCCCGAUUGUAAAUCCAAUGUUCUUCACAUACCCCAACGACGCCAAUACCUUCGGUAUCCAGACUCAGUACUUUUUCGGUGAUUCCAUUCUCGUUUCUCCCGUUAUUGACGAUGAUGCUCAGAGCGUUACCAUCUACCUCCCAGACGAAAUAUUCUACGACUUUUGGACGUUCAAGCCGGUUCGCGGCAAUGGACAACAAGUUACUCUUAAUAAUGUAGCUUACACCGACUUGCCAGUAUAUAUUCGCGGAGGCAGUAUCAUCCCUAUGCGUACCGAUGGGGCUAAUUCAACGACCGCCCUACGGGAGCAUAAUUUCAACAUAAUUGUCGCUCCUGGCCUUGACGGCAAAGCGUCUGGCUCCCUCAUUUUAGAUGACGGAGAAAGUCUGGAGGGACGGUUUUCAGACAUGAGCUUCUCCUGGGAUGGUAAGGAAUUCAGGGCCGAUGGAAAAUUCUGGUAUCAAGCGAAUGUGCAAAUCGAGACCGUGACAAUCCUGGGCGAUGAACCCGUCACGAAGAAAGGCCCCUGGGGACUCAACAAGAGAUUCUCUUUUCAUUCUUAA